AUGACUCUCGCCGCCCCCACUCGCGGCUUCAUGGCAGCGCGCCCGGCAAUGCUGAUUAACAGGAAGGCUUACCGCGUUGCACAUGUGGCCCGGGCAGGGGACCAGACCGCGACAGAGAAGGCCAAGCAGGCAUACGAGUCUGCCAAGGGAGACCUCAGCGAGUCCGCCCAGCAGGUGAAGGAUCGUGUGGGCAGCGCCGCUGAGGACGCCAAGGACCGGCUGAACGACGUUGCCGAGGACCGCCAGGAGAAGCUCGGCGAUGCCAAGGAGAAGGUCGGCGACGCCCUGUCCAGCGCAGGCGACUCUGCAAAGGACACUUACGAGAGUGGCAAGGAGAAGGCCGGCAGUGUGGCAGACACAGUGGCGGAGAAGGCAAACGCCGCUGGCAACGCUGUGAAGGAGACUUACGAGAGCGGCAAGGAGAAGGCCAGCGAUCUUGCCGGCCAAGUGGUGGACAAAGUGAAGGAUGCCGGCCACGGUGUCAAGGACGCCAUUGGGGAUGCUGCCCACCGCAUCGAGGAGGCAGCAGACCGCCAUUAA